AGGAAGAAGAAAGUGCGCAGGAGAAGCACCGGUCCUGAUUCGGUUGCUGAAACCAUCAAGAAGUGGAAGGAGGAAAACCAGAAGCUCCAGCAAGAGAAUGGAUCCCGGAAAGCACCGGCCAAGGGUUCCAAGAAAGGGUGCAUGGCAGGGAAAGGAGGUCCAGAGAAUUCAAACUGCGCUUACCGCGGUGUGAGGCAGAGGACGUGGGGGAAAUGGGUUGCUGAGAUCCGUGAGCCCAACCGUGGCAAUCGGCUGUGGCUUGGUUCAUUCCCUACCGCAGUCGAAGCUGCACGUGCAUAUGAUGAUGCGGCAAGGGCAAUGUAUGGCGCCAAAGCACGUGUCAACUUCUCAGAGCAGUCCCCGGAUGCCAACUCUGGUUGCACGCUGGCACCUCCAUUGCUGACGUCUAAUGGGGCAACCGCUGCGUCACAUCCUUCUGAUGGGAAGGAUGAAUCGGAGUCUCCUCCUUCUCUUAUCUCAAAUGGGCCGACAGCUGCGCUGCAUCGGUCUGAUGCUAAGGAUGAGUCUGAGUCUGCAGGGACCGUGGCACGUAAGGUGAAGAAAGAAGUGAGCAAUGAUUUGAGAAGUACCCAUGAGGAGCACAAGACCCUGGAAGUAUCCCAACCAAAAGGGAAGGCUUUACAUAAAGAAGCGAACGUGCAGCCACACAGACUUACUGAUUUGUGCCCACAAAACAGACUGGCUGAAAGCAGCCUUGCAGUGGAAGACAGAGGUCAAUCCAUUGGCCAUACAAGACGAAGUGGUUCAUCAUCGUUAAGAAGUGAGCCAUUUCCAACUAUUUAUUCCGAACAGCACAAGAGCAUGCCUGGAGAUGGCGGACCCAUUAGCAUUCAGAAAGAAGGUCCAGCUUCGAGACAAUUAAAGGUUAAGCAAUGCCCAGUUCAGAAACUUCAGAGACUGCCAGAUGGGUGCCAUCCUGAUUUUGACAAUGACCAUUUAUAUUGUGUCAACAAGCUCCUGGAGUCCUGGUCUAAAUCUCAUGGCUCUGUUCUUGUUGAUGAUAAGGAACAUAUAUUAAAGACCAUCUUAUUCACAAUGGUUGUGUUAGCUGAUGCUCGCCAACCUUUUCUGAUUGUCACUACUACUGCUUCUCUCUCCUUAUGGGAGGUUCAGUUCAAUAAAUUAGCACCACAUAUCAAUGUUGUUGUGCAUGAUGGGCGGAAAGACAUGCUCAAGUCGAUUCAAGCUCAGCAGUUCUUCGAGAACGGAAACCACAUAACGUCACAAGUUCUCUUAUCCCAUCCUGAGGCUAUCUUAGAGGACAUUGAGCCUAUUGCACGUAUUGGUUGGGAGGCAAUCAUAGUUGAUUAUUAUCAACACUUUGCUCUAAAAUAUCUGGAACAGCUGAAGCAACUUUGUACUGGUUUUAGAGUGUUGCUUGUAAGCUCCCCAAUUGAGGAUAUCCCUGAGUACAGGAACAUGCUAGCUUUCCUUAGAUCGGGACAGAAAGAUAAUAGCGGCUAUGUUGACACUGCUGAUGCCCUUGAGAAGUCAAAAAUAAUAUCUGCACAUCAUAUUGCAUAUGAGCGCAAAGCAGAUUCUUCAAAAUUUCUAGAGCACUGGGUUCCUGCUUACAUUUCACAAGUGCAGCUAGGUGUCUAUUGUUCCAUUCUGCUUUCAAAUUCAUCUGUCCUCCAGUCUAAGAAGAAAGCUAAUAGUGUUGAAGCUCUUCGGGACAUUCUCUUGUCUCUCUCAAAGUGCUGUAAUCACCCUUACCUCCGUGAAUGUCUGGAAGAUUCACCUGUCAACAAUCCUGAUAUGACCGAAACAGUAGAUAUUGGAGUGCACGCAAGCGACAAGCUACUACUUCUUGACAAAAUGCUUAAAGAGAUCAGCAACAGGAGGUUGAGAGUAAUUGUUCUUUUUCAGUCUGGUGGAGCAGGUGCAAAUCCAAUGGGUGACAUUCUGGAAGGUGUUGUGUGUCACAGAUUUGGCCCUGAGUCUUAUGAACAUGUCAAAUGUGGUGCGGUGAUGUCAAGUAAACAGGCGGCAAUUGAUAUGUUCAAUGACAAGACCAAGGGGAGAUUUGUUUUACUGAUUGAAAGUCGUGCAUGCCUCCCAAGCAUUAAGCUACUAUCAGUUGAUGCAGUCAUCAUAUAUAGCAGUGACUGGAACCCAUCUAAUGACCUGAAAGCUCUUCAAAGAAUCAACAUAGAGUUACAACUUAAGUAUGUGAGCAUUUUCCGAUUGUAUACUCCUUUCACAGUGGAGGAGAACAACUUUGUGCUUGCAAAGCAGGGCAGGCUUAUUGAUAGCAACAUCCAGGAUGUAAUGCACAGUUCAAGCCAUUCCUUGCUCAGUUGGGGUGCACAAUUUCUCUUCACCAGAUUUGAUGAGCUUCUGCAAGAUAGGUAUUCAAGUAAGCAUUCUGAAAGGGGCACCAGUUUUAUGGAUGAAGUGAUUUUAGAGUUCGUAACAAAAUUACCCACAUAUACAGAAGACAGCUCCAAAAUAAACAGUGUGUACAUAUCGAAAGCUAAUAUGAGUGGGGAGUUUUAUUCAAGAAGCAUUACUGUAAUUGGUGAAAAGGAGGGAAUGUCUAUGCUGGAUGGGGAUCCUUCUGUAUUUUGGUUAAAUUUACUGGAUGGAAAAUCUCCUUGUUGGAGCUAUAUAUCUGAGCUAAGACAAUCAAUCAAUAGAAUGCUACAGAACAUAGAAGAACCAGCCCAAGUUGCUGCCGAAGAAACUGAUGAAGCUACCAAUGUGUCAGUCACACAGCAAAGAGAAUGUCAUGUGUCUGUCACACAGCAAAGAGAAUGCCAUGUGUCAGUUGAUGUAUUUCCCAACAUGGCUGUGGAGAGAAGAAAUGAUUUAGUGGAUGAUGUUUUCUCUUUUAGAGAAAAUAAUAUCCUUCAUAAACAACAAGCUGAGAUAUCAAAUUUAGUGACACACUCACAGAAUAAACAAAUCCUGAGAAUUGGAGCAACUCAGAUAUGUGGAUCGAGCAUGCAUAUGCAACAAUUGAGAAAUCUGCCUGCCCAACAAAGUUUAGCAACCUUGCCCCAUCCACCUGCAGAAGCAGAGCCAGCAGGUAUUCCUGGCAUGGAGGCCACGACAUGUUUACAGUCAAUGCAGUAUCAACCUACAGAGGCAGAAUGGGGAGGUAUACUGGGCGCAUUAGCAGCCCACGGUUCGCAGCCUGAAAUGCAACCAUCAACCUCAAUGCAGGAUGUUUUAUUUGAAAAGACUGAUCUGUCUGGCAUGCCUUUGCUAGGAAGUAUGAAUGCUCGUCAAAGUGUAGAACCUUCAUGGGAUCUGCACGCAGGAGAAGAACCAGCAGGCACUUUGGGCAUGGUGACAACUGAUAAGCUGCAGUCUGAAAUACAACAAUCAGCCACAGUACAUGAUCGGCCUGCAGAAGCAGAAGGAACAAGUACAUUGGGCACCAGGGCACUUCAGAAUUUGCACCCUGAAAUGCAAUCAUCAACCGCAAUGCAUCAUGUCCCUCUUGAAAUAGCACACUCUGAAGGCAGGAGCCAAACAGGAUUUCAGCCAAAUACAUCACCUGGUCCUGAGCAGCUCAGCCAACUCCUUUUUUUCGAGGAAGAGCUCAACCAAGUCCUAUCUGCUAGUGACCAGCCACAGGAAGAUAUGUCGAAAAUGUACAAACAUCACAUCAAUUUGCUUAGAAAAGCCCAUGAACAGAAGAAAUCACAACUUCAAAUAGAGCGUUACCGAGAAAUAGAAAAGGUGAACAGAAAGUAUUACUCAUUACUCCAAAAAGAAGAUCCCACUUUACCUCACAGCCAGAUGGGACUUGUUGAUAGCUACAAGGAAGCUUCUGUAAACAAAUCACCAGCUCAAGAUUUUCUAGGGGAAGUUGCACCAUCAUCUGCAGCUCAAG